AGAUUGUCUAUCAAUGAAGUAGUAAAAGGCGGGGGACGACUGAGGGCCGAGAAGGAAGAGAAGGCUUUGAGAGAGUGUUAGCGUAGCGGGGUUCCCCAUCUUUUAGUUACUGAAUUCCACAUUAAGGCGACCAACAUGAAAUUCAUCAUCGGUAUUGGAGGAGUGACCAAUGGUGGCAAGACCACCCUGACUCACAAACUGCUCACAACGUUGCCCAACUGCUGCGUGGUGCACCAGGAUGACUUUUUCAAGAAACCCGAUCAAAUAGAAGUCGGGGAGGACGGCUUUAGACAGUGGGAUGUCAUCUCAGCCAUGGACAUGGAGGCCAUGGUCAGCACGGUGAAAGCCUGGCAGGAGAACCCGGUCAAGUUCGCACGCUCCCAUGGCGUCAGCCUGUCACCCGAAGCCGAGGAAUGCCACUCGGAUCAGAAGGGGAUCCAUAUUCUCAUCGUGGAGGGCUUCCUCAUCUACAACUACGAGCCUCUCAUGGACGUGUAUGACAAGUGCUUCUACCUUUCACUUCCUUAUGAGGAGUGCAAGAUGAGGAGAAGUACAAGAACCUACACAGUCCCCGACCCGCCCGGUCUGUUUGACGGCCACGUUUGGCCCAUGUAUCUUAAGCACCGCAAAGAAAUGGAGAGCCAAUGUGACACAAUAGAGUACCUUGAUGGAAUGAUGUCGAAAGAUGACAUCUACUCCAUGGUGUUUGAGAGCAUCCAGAACACCCUCCUCAAUAACUCCUAGGAUUGUGGCUGAGAAGAUCUUGUGUAUAGAUAAUGUAAAUAUCAACGAAGGGUUUGAUGACAUGGAGGCUAUGCCUUGUAGAAUGUGUAAAUAGUAACAUUGUCUUUUGUAUCAAUGAAUCACUCUGUCCGGAAAAGAUAAAAAAAAAAGCCACUCCUGCUAUGGCACGGGUUGAACAAACAUACCUGUACAUGUUGCUGUACACGUUUGUCAAAGUGAAAAUACAUCAAGUCAACAAAGCACUC